CUCCGCUGCUCCUGUGGCUCCUGCUGCUGUCACCCGCCGCAUCAGUCAGUCAGUCCUGUCAGUCGGAGCGGCGCGAUGGCAGCGCUGAGAGGCGUCCUGCUGCGAUGGCGGCGUCGGCGUUGCAGCAUCGGCAUCAGUAGCGGGAGCAGCGUCUCCUCAGAGCCUCUUCCCUGCCGCCAUCGCCGGCUGUUUCUGUGGAGCCUGAGAGCGAGCGAGGGCAGCGAAGGAGCGCCGGGAAGGCUGAGCGCAGCCUUGGUAGCCGGGGCGACUGGCGGGGCUGCGGCGUGGUUCCUCUGCCAGCGCUUCUACGGCCAGCGGGAGCCCCAGGGCCCGAGGAGGGCGGAGGCGGCAGCCAGAGAGGCCGCCCGGGGGCUGCUGCCCAUCCCUGUGGCCGCGGCCGCCAAGGAGGCGACGGCCACAGAAGGUAGAUCCGAUUAUGAAGAUUUGGAUCUCUAUGCAACUUCCCGGGAGCAGCGAUUUCGUAUGUUUUCCAGUUUAGAAUUCGAAGGGCAGCUAUUUAUGACACCAUAUGACUUCAUUCAGUCUGUUACAAGUGAUGAACCAAAACAUCCAAAACAGUGGAAGUCUCUUUCAAAACAGGAACUAAAUCAGAUACUUCUAGAAACUCCACCAGUCUGGAAAGGAUCAUCAAAACUUUUUCGGAAUCUCCGGGAGAGAGGUGUGAUUUCUUACACAGAAUACCUCUUUCUGUUAUGUAUUUUAACAAAGCCACAUGCUGGUUUUAGAAUAGCUUUCAACAUGUUUGAUACAGAUGGAAAUGAGAUGGUGGACAAAAAAGAGUUCUUAGUGCUGCAAGACAUAUUUAGAAAGAAAAAUGAGAAGAAAGAAAAAAAAGGAAAUGAAGAGAAACGUGCUAUGGUGCGUCUGCAACUUUAUGGAUACCACAGUUCUACUGAUGCAGUACUAAAAACAGAAGGCGAGGACCUUGUUCCAAGAAGCUAUUGGGAUACUCUGAGACGUAGCACAAGCCAGGCGCUCUUUUCAGACCUUGCAGAGCGUGCAGAUGACAUCACCAGUUUACUAUCAGAUACUACACUUCUGGUGCACUUUUUUGGCAAGAAAGGAAAAGCUGAGCUGAACUUUGAAGACUUCUAUAGGUUUAUGGAUAACCUCCAAACUGAAGUUCUUGAAAUAGAAUUCCUUUCCUAUUCUAAUGGGAUGAAUACCAUCAGUGAAGAAGACUUUGCUCAUAUACUGUUAAGAUAUACGAAUGUGGAAAAUACAUCAAGCUAUCUGGAAAAUGUGCACUGCAGUAUCCCAGAAGAGCAAAUCCUCAGGUUGUCUCCAGAUUCACAUCUCAUACAUAACACAAGUAGUGAACAAAGGAAAUGGGAGGCUGGAGAGAGUCAAAUGAGCAGGAACAGUUCAGCCGCCACCUCAAAGGCAGAAGGCAUUACAUUUGAUGAAUUCAGAUCAUUUUUCCAGUUUUUGAACAAUCUAGAAGACUUUGCAAUUGCAAUGCAGAUGUAUAAUUUUGCAAACCGUUCCAUAGGACAAGAUGAGUUCAAGCGUGCAGUGUAUGUAGCUACAGGUUUGAAGCUUUCACCACAUUUAGUGAACACAGUCUUUAAGAUCUUUGAUGUAGACAAAGACGAUCAACUGAGCUACAAAGAAUUUAUUGGCAUUAUGAAAGACAGAUUGCAUCGAGGAUUCAGAGGCUACAAAAGUAUGCAGAAAUACACAACUUUCAAAUCCUGUGUGAAGAAGGAACUCAAUAGCAAUAGAUAACUUAUGAAAAAGACCAAAUAUGGACUGAAGAAGUUCUGCAUCUCCGUGAUGACUAGCAUGCAAGCACUUCAGAGAACACUGGAAGCAAUUUCACAGUCGUGAUACGAUGAGCUGAAUGAUAACAUGCAUCAAUAAUGCUUGUUCCCCACACAUGCCUUUUUUUAAAAAAAAUUGAGUGCAGAAAUAAGGAAAGAUUGAACCAAAAUAAAUUUCAUUUGUAGCAGUAUGUUAUCAUUUUGGACUCUGAUCCUGAUGCUAUAAAUGUAAUUCACUUUAUUAGCGUAACUUGUUAGUAGAGUGAGAGGCAUCUAGUGAGAAAUAAGUCCCACUGCAUUCAAUAUGUCUUAUUCUAAAUUAGGUAUGCAUAGGAUUGCAUUCUUAGUAGAAAUUUGCAGGAGAGUAGUUGUGCUAGCCUUUUGCAGCGAAUACAAUAAGUCUUGUAGCAACUUAAAUACUAAUAAGUUUUAUUUGGCAUAAGCUUUUGUGAAAGCAGCCAUUUCAUCAGAUUCAUGGACGAAUACCUUAAUUAACAUGUUAUUAUAUACAUGCUUUGGUUUGCAUGUAAUCAUUCGGGCAAGAGGAACAGAAUGCAGGAAGUACAAUGAUCAGUAGUAAACCCAUUUGGAUGGCAACAUAUUUGUGUCAAAUAGAACUUGGUGAACCUUAGGGUUCUGAACAACUGUUUGUUAUCCUUAAUAGAUUUUUUUAAAAGAAUCAUUGACUUCUUCCAAAGCAAUACUACAGUCCUCCCUUCCCUUAUGCAGGGGAUCCAUUCUGGAACUCACUCCCCCCCCCUUUGGGGGAAAUCGUGUAUGCUUGCACCGUAUUGAAAAUAAUGGGCUGUGUGCUCGUGGCGCUGGGCAGCGUGCACGCCAUUGAUAAAAUUCUCCCACGGCUUCAGCAUAUGCUGAAAGCUGCAUAAGUGAAGCCCACGUAUCGUGUAGACUCACUGUAUUAUUAUUUUGAUCUGUGAGUCUUUGGGGGAAUGUGCUAGCAGAGGAAAUUGGGAUACAAGUCAUUAAAAUAAAAACAUGCAUGGAGCCCUCACUGCCUAUGUUGAGGCCUUUCAAAAAAUACUGUAAGCCUGCUGAUUAUUUUCAGUGCGAAAGGAACAAUGCAUUCCCACCAACAGCUGAGUAAUACAAUUUUAACAUUUCUGAAUAAGUUUCACAUGCAUGGAAACUGCAUGUAUUAAUGAUUUUUGCAUGUGUUUCCUGUUGGGAAGAAAUAUAUAUAGCAACCCAAGGUAGAUGAGACUAUUUUACUUUAAAUAUAAUGAUCACAAAAGUCUCUAUAAAAUGUGAAUUUAUUUUAAGAAUGUAUUUUUAAUAUAUUUGUUGUAUUUAUUUUAUUUUUACAUGCCAUUCCAUUUUCUUAGUAUGUUUGUUAUGUUGAUAAAUGUGCCUUUAUAUAUGUACAGAAAAAUGUUUCCAGUGGAUGCUAGAAUAGCAACAUGUUUUCAAAUAGGAAUAUGAAAUAAAGAUAAUUUUGCGGCAGAAGACAAUUUUGGAAGUAUAAGUUAUCAAGACACUAUGAAAUAGAACAAAGUCUCGCAGAUUUAUUAGAAGGUUAAAACUGUUGAAAUAUGGAAAACAUGAUGGUAUAAAUAGGCCUAAGAUUUUUAAAAGAAAACUUUAUCCAUGGGUCUUUAAGCUGGAGUAUUUUGAUUCAAUCCUGAUGUUUCUCAUUAAAAACUACUGAACUAAA